GACACGUGCGUCCACUCAAUCAUGGCGAGAUCUUUUGGCAUAGCAGUACAUGAAUCAAGAUUCUCUGUCAUUGCUCCUCCUGAUGUCGACACUUCUGAUGAAGAUGAUGAAGGCUGGGUAACUCGGUCUAGAGGAAAGAAAGAUAAGAAACCUCUGACCUUAGGAGCAGGAUCAAGAACUAAUGGAGCUAGCAGCAAACCAGCAAUAGUCUCCAAGACAAGUGUUAAAAAUGCUAAGAGAAGAGCUAAAAAGAAGAACCAACAGACAACAAUGGAGAGCUCAUCAUUUGAAAGCUGGGCAGAAAAAGAUGAAGCAAUCACUGAUAAAGCAUUUGAAGAAGACAUGAAAGAGGCUUUAUUACGUAGCCUUAUGGAUGCCAAAAGAGAAGAAGCAGAAAAAUUAAAGGAAGAGGAAUUUAUAAAUUCCAGUGUCACAGGACAGGAACAGCAGUCUGCUUCUAAGAAAGGAGUAAAGAUGUCACUCCAUGAAUUCCUUCAAUCAGAUGCUGCAAGUCCUGGAGCAGCUGCAGGUAGCUUCUUACCUCAAGACAAUAAAACUGUAUCUGAGCCUCAACUUGCUCAAGUCAAAACUGACAGUCAUUUCUUUAGUAACAUUGAGUCUGAAGUAAAGUCAGAACUAAUGAAAGAGAAGAAAAGGAUUGAUCAUGUCUCAAAUACUGGAAGUAAAAAGCAAGCUGGUGAACCAGUCCGUGUUGCUCAAUUAUUGAACAAACUAGAGCAGAAAGAGGCAACAAUAAGAGAGCAGACACUAGAACUAGAAAAAGUUCAGGAUGAAAUGAAAGAAGUUAAGUUUCGCAAUCAAGUUCUUUGUAAGAUUCUAAGCAAAGGAGAAUUUUCAACAAAGCAGGAGCUCUUGGAACAAAUUGAAGAGCUCACAGCAGAUAAGACAGAGCUAUCACAAGAAAUUGAGAGACUUGUGAGUGAACUGGAGCAGGAAAGGUCAAAAAAUAAAUCACUUCAAAUUGUAAUAAACAAACUACAACAGAGCAAGCAUUGAGAGACAAUAAAUGAUGUCACCAAUGUAUAACUGAAAUUGAUUAACAAAACUGCCUAUAAUAAUCAUGUGUAUGUGUCAUUUAUAUUCUAAUGUGUGUACUAUAAUUAUUAAUCAUUUAUAUCCUCCUAUCUCCUAUUAUCACUCUAUUUUACUAUUGUUGAGUUCUCUUUGUUCAAUACUUGAGUAUCUCAGUUUUGUUCUUGUGUGAAAUGUAUACGAAACCUUGCAAAACCCUAA